AGAAUACAUAUUAAUUAUAAAAAGAUAAAUGGAAGACUUCCUCUGCAUCUUCGUCUUCCUUCAUGCGUUGUCUUUAAAUUCAAAUCCUCUUCCAUUUCUCAUCAUCAUUGAACAUUGAUUAACCAAACAAAUACACAAACUUUACUUCACAAUACUUCACAAUGGGACAGUCAAGAGGAAGCCGCAAGUCUAAAACUCAAAUAUCAACCACCAAAUCCACCUCUAAAACUACCAAAAACCACGAACUCAUCGGUCUCACCAGCAGCAACAGUAAACACGUUAAUGGCUCCCGUGUAGCUGGAGAGAUUAGGAGAGUGGUACCGGAUAUGGACGCAGUGGUGAAAGUAUUUUGUGUUCACACAGAACCAAAUUAUUCACUGCCAUGGCAGAGGAAUAAGCAGUAUAGUUCGUUUAGUAGCGGGUUUGUGAUUGGAGGAAGAAGGGUAUUGACUAAUGCACAUUCUGUUGAGCAUUACACCCAAGUUAAGCUCAAGAAACGCGGCUCUGAUACCAAGUAUUUAGCUACUGUUCUUGCUAUCGGAACUGAAUGCGAUAUAGCUAUGCUAACAGUUGAAGAUGAUGAGUUCUGGCAAGGAGUUUCAGCAAUUGAGUUUGGUGAAUUGCCUGCGCUUCAGGAUUCUGUGACGGUUGUAGGAUAUCCAAUUGGGGGAGACACAAUUUCUGUGACUAGUGGAGUUGUUUCAAGAAUUGAAAUUCUAUCUUAUACCCACGGUUCAACUGAGCUUCUAGGCUUGCAGAUAGAUGCUGCAAUAAACUCUGGCAAUUCGGGUGGGCCAACUUUUAAUGAUAAAGGUCAAUGCAUUGGCAUUGCUUUUCAGUCCUAUAGUCAUACAGAUGCUGAAAAUAUAGGGUAUGUGAUACCAACACCAGUCAUCUCCCACUUUAUUCAAGAUUUUGAGAAGAAUGGAGCAUAUACAGGAUUUCCAUUGCUUGGGAUUGGAUGGCAGAAAAUGGAAAAUCCAGAUUUGCGUAUGGCUAUGGGUAUGAAACAUGAUCAGAAGGGUGUUCGGAUCAGAAAAAUUGAUCCCACUACUCCUGAAUCUCAAGUUCUGAAGCCGUCUGACAUUAUUCUUAGCUUUGAUGGCAUAGAUAUUGCCAAUGAUGGGACAGUUCCGUUUGGGCGUGGAGAACGGAUAGGUUUUAGUUACCUUGUUUCGCAAAAGUACACAGGCGAUAGUGCAGCAAUUACAAUUCUCCGCGAUUCUGAGGUUUUAACUAUUGAUAUCGAACUUGCUGUUUAUCAACACAUUGCUCCGGUACACGUUCAAGGCAUGCCACCUUAUUAUAUUGUUUCAGGAUUUGUGUUCGCAGUCGUUUCUGCUCCAUAUCUCCGUUCUGAGUACGGUGAGGAUAUGGAAGGUCCUGUCAAGCUUAUGGACAAAGUUAACUCGAUGCGUCAAUUCCCAGAUGAGGAGAUUGUUGUGGUUUCUCAGGUACUUGUGGCUGAUAUUAAUAUUGGUUACGAAGACAUUGUGAAUACUCAGGUUCUGGCUUUCAAUGGAAAACCAGCGAGGAACCUGAAGAGCUUGGCAAACAUGGUAGAAUGUUGUACCGAUGAAUAUUUGAAAUUCGAAUUGGAGCAUGAUCAGAUAGCAGUUCUUCGUACCGAGCCUGCCAAGGCUGCUACUGAAGAUAUUCUUACAACAAAUUCCAUACCUUCAGCAAUGUCCGACGAUAUUAAAUCAUUCAUAUCUUAGGCUGCGAAGACUAAAAUAAGAAGGAUUAAUUUAACAUAGAGAAGAUAAGAGAUUAUUUAUUUUUUGUAACCUGAGUAGUUUUUCAUAAUUACUGCUGUUUAUUCAAAUCAAAAAAAUGAUUACUGCUGUUUAUUGGUAGCAGAGUAUAUUCAA